AUGUUUUUCUCGCCGCAAAUUAAUUUAUUACUCUUCAACAAAAUGCCGCUCCAACUGACUAAACCAGCGCCUCAGUUCAAGACCACAGCAGUGGUGAACGGCGAGUUCAAAGACGUGGCGCUCUCAGACUACAAGGGCAAAUACGUUGUGCUGUUCUUCUACCCGUUAGACUUCACAUUUGUUUGCCCGACCGAGAUCAUCGCCUUCUCGGAGCGCGCUGAUGACUUCCGCAAGAUCGGCUGCGAAGUGAUUGCUGCUUCCACAGACUCACACUUCACACAUCUGGCCUGGAUCAACACACCCCGCAAGCAGGGUGGUCUUGGUCCAAUGAACAUCCCAAUUAUCAGCGACAAGUCUCACCGCAUCGCGCGCGACUACGGAGUUCUGGACGAAGAGAGUGGUAUUCCCUUCCGUGGCCUCUUCAUCAUCGAUGACAAGCAACUGCUGCGUCAGAUCACAGUCAACGACUUGCCUGUUGGACGCUCUGUAGACGAAACACUUCGUCUUGUUCAAGCAUUCCAGUUCACAGACAAAUACGGUGAAGUAUGCCCAGCUAACUGGCACCCAGGCUCCAAAACCAUUAAGCCUGACACCAAAGCUGCGCAGGAGUACUUUGGAGAUGCCAACUAA